CCUCUUUUUUUGUUUUUUGUUUGGUUCUCCAAUUAGUGAUUUCAAGAUGUCGUCUUCCAUUUACAAGGACUUACCAGAAGAACAUCCAAGAAAACUUAUUCCUGCCCUGUGUCAACAAUUUUACCAUUUGGGAUGGGUGACUGGAACUGGUGGCGGUAUAUCAAUGAAACUUAAUGACGAAAUCUACAUAGCCCCAUCGGGUGUACAAAAGGAACGCAUCUUGCCGGAAGAUUUAUUUGUACAAAACAUUGAGGGACAGGAUCUUCAAUUACCACCCGAUUACAAGCAUUUAUCCAAAAGCCAAUGUACACCGCUAUUUAUGUUGGCUUAUCGCCAUCGCAAUGCCGGAGCAGUUAUACACACACAUUCACAACAUGCGGUAAUGGCUACAUUGCUGUGGCCAGGUGAAGUUUUCACUUGUACCCAUUUGGAAAUGAUCAAGGGAGUUUAUGAUGACGAUAUGAAACGCUAUUUGCGCUAUGAUGAAAAAUUGGUUGUGCCCAUAAUCGAAAACACUCCAUUUGAAAGGGAUUUGGCCGAUUCUAUGUAUGCGGCAAUGAUGAAAUAUCCUGGCUGCUCAGCAGUGCUGGUACGUCGCCAUGGUGUUUAUGUUUGGGGUCAAACAUGGGAGAAGGCAAAAACUAUGGCUGAAUGCUACGAUUACUUGUUCUCCUUGGCUGUGGAAAUGAAGAAAUCCGGUUUGAAUCCUGAAGAAACCCCCAAGGCAUAAAUUCAAAAACACAAAUGUUAUCUUUUUUUACUUAAAAAUACAAAAUACUUGUAUUGUUGUUAAAGAAAAAUGAUGUAAAAAAACAAAAUCAUUUAAAACAUGAAAAUUCUAAAAUUAUGUUUAACAUAAAAAUAA